AGAGGGUGGUUCACAAGUCGAUAUCUUUAAUUGCUCCUAGGUUGUAUCAAUACCUACCGGUUUUACUGCUCCAUCACGAGCCACUGGGAACGGGUUGCCCGGGAAACGGCCGCAUGGCAACAGGAUCAGAGCCUGGGGGUUGUCUGCUUCUAGGUCUGCUCCCAUUUUACAUCGCAUUUCCUCACUAGAUGGUGUGCAAGCCACUGGAGAGAACACUUCCCCACACAGCGAGCUGUACAUCCAGCCAAACAAACCUGGGAAACUAUAAACCACGGAGCGUUUCUUCACGGGAUUGCGAGGCGGAAAAGUCUGGAGUUAAAGCCGUCUGUCGCUUUUCUCUUUCUUUGAAAAAAGAAAAAGAAGAAGCUUCUUUGGGCAACAACUUGGGAGAGGAAAAAAAGCGACCACAAAACAGCUGUGAUGGACAUAAUGAUUGCGGUGCAGGAUGCUUGUGUCUCUGGUCAGUGGCUUACUGCGAUCAUUUUCAGCCUGUGCUGCUUUCUGCCGUCCUGUUUGCCAGUCGGACAAACUGUGGACUAUUCUUCGGUGGAGAAUGUAGUGAGCAGACAAGGCGACACGGCUCUGCUGAGGUGCUACCUGUUGGAUGGGAUCUCUAAAGGAGCCUGGCUGAACCGCUCAAGCAUCAUUUUCGCAGGGGACGACAAGUGGUCUGUGGACCCACGUGUGUCCAUAGUGUCCAGUGUUGGAGACAAACACGAGUACAGCCUUCAGAUACAGAAAGUGGAUGUUACUGAUGACGGCCAAUACACAUGUUCAAUUCAGAGCGAACGCAACCCACGGCCGAAGCUACUCAACCUCAUCGUAAAAGUUCCACCUAAGAUAUAUGACAUUUCCUCUGACAUCACAGUAAAUGAGGGCAGUAAUGUGUCGCUCAUCUGCACGGCCACUGGGAAACCUGAGCCGACCAUUGCCUGGAGACACAUAACCCCAUUAGCCAGGAAGUAUGACAGCAGCGAAUAUCUUAACAUCACCGGCAUCACAAGGGACCAGGCUGGAGACUACGAAUGCAGUGCUUUAAAUGACAUUGCCUCUCCUGACACCAAAACAGUAAAAGUCACAGUCAACUUUCCACCGGACAUCCAUGAAAUGAAAAGCCACGGAGUUGGUUUGGGACGCACAGCACUGCUGCGGUGCGAAGCUGCUGCUGUGCCUUCUCCAACCUUUGAGUGGUACAAGGGUGAGAAAAGGAUCAUUAGAGGACACGGUAUUGACAUCAAGAGCCUCAGCUCCAGAUCAGUCCUCACAGUGACCAACAUGACAGAGGAUCGUUACGGGAACUACACGUGCGUCGCCAUCAACAAACUGGGGAGGGCCAACGCCAGCGUGCCUCUUAUUCCAAUUAUUGAGCCCACCACCACUAGUGCUGUCUCAAGCCCAGCACCCAACACUGCACCCUAUGGGAGCACAGGAAGCGCCCAUGUCCCGCUGGCCUGUCGAUACCUGGUCCUGGCUCUCUCCUCCUUCAUCAGUGUGUACUAGCAGAGGCCGGCGCAGACACAGUGACUGUCCAGAGCAUUUAUGAAUCCUUUUUUUGACAUUGCUGAUGGCUGAAAUCCAAUCUGGCACUGUUUGUUAGAAAGCUGAGGUGGGGAAAUAAUCAGCUUCUUUUUUUUUGUGGGGGAAAUAUAUUUUUUAUUUUAUUUUAUUUUAUUUUAUUUGCUUUUUGGUGAAAAUUCUGUCAUGUAAAUGCUAUGAUGUUAUUUUUUAUUGUUAUUCUAAUUUUCUCUUCUCUUAUUUUAUUUUCUGAUUAACUGACCAUGUUGUGAAUUAGUGCUCACGCCCACCUCCAGUCUUAUGAACAGCCUCUCAAACGAGUUACUUUCAUGCUUUUUUUUUUCUCCUGUGAGGCGAUGGCGCAAACUUUUCCAUUCAUUUUUUUGUACAUGGUUCAAAAGAAGCAAUUGUGCCAAGUCUCUGAAAACACAGAUUACCAUACCAAUGUUGUAUUGAAUGUAUUAUGGGCUGUUGAACAAAGGAAAGACAUUUAGAUUCCUAACAAUAACAGUUUUGAUUAUAGAGUGAGCUUAAAAAAUACAGGGGGAAAAAAAGAGGAAAAAAACAAAGAACAAAAAAGGCAGGUUUUUUUUUUUUUUUUUUUUUUUUUUUCGGCACCCGUGUUGCCAUGAUUACUCAGUAGGUGGAUAAACAGUGUUGAAGGUGUGCUUUGUUGUAUUUUGGAAAUGGGUCCGUCAUUUACCAUGCCUGCCUAGCAGCUUUGAUCAGGCAGCAGUCAAAGUAGCAACAUAUCGUAUCUUUAUAUUUUAAUAUAGUAUAGGCUUUUGUUUGAACGUGGGACCAGCUUCGCUCAUCCAACCAGGAGCAUUAACAUGAACCAUGACUUUGUACAGUAUGAAUGGAGGAACAUCGCUGCGCUUUUGUUUACAUUUUUCUCAACAGACAGUACUACAGCCUAUUCGUCAUGCUUGUUCUGAUUGCUCCAGCAGUUUGCUUCAGUUAGGAGGAAAACGCAGAGCUCAAGCUGAACUGUUUAAAAGAUUGCAGUUCUUUAAAAGAAGUAUCUUUCUGCAGGUGACAGAGCAGAGACAUUUGUUGUUGUUUUUUUACCUUGGUUCUUUCUAGCUGAAAUCACACAGCAGCAACAUACUGUUUUUUGGCUGCAGGUUUUACCAAAAAUAUUUGGAUAACCAAAUCAGAAAAAAAAAAAAAAAAAAACUCUGCAGCACAAUACCCUCCAUCAGCCCCCCCAACAAAAAGUAAUCUGAGACUCUGAACACUUUUCCCCUCACACCACAAGGGUGAACAGAGACAAUCAGUCUCUAUUAGAGUUUAAACCCAAUUAAAUAAUGGAGCAGAUUUUCCAUUUCCUUUUUAGGAAAGCUUGUAAGAGCACCAUCCUCAUUCCUAAGUACAAUGCCUUGCAAGAGUAUCAAAACCCACUUUUGUAUUUUUACACUUGUUCAUAUAAUAACCACAAACUUGAGUGUAUUUAUGCUGUUUCAAUACAUUAAAACCAACACAUGAUAAACAAAGACAAAGUAGUGCAGAACUAUGAUGUGAAAGUUAAUGAUUUGGUUUUCAGAAUUAAAACUAAAACAAUUGCAACAUUUUGGAGCCCUACGAGCUUUCAUCUACAGACAGAAAUAUUUACAUGUUCUUUCGUACAAAGUUAUUACAGAACUGUGCAGGUUCCCUGUCCCUGUUGAAGAAUAGCCUCCUCACAGCAAGAUGCUUCCACAACCAUCGUUUUUUUAUAGUGGACACAGUGUGUUCAUUUUGCAUGUAGCCCAUUACUUUCUCUUCGUUCUCACCUCAUGUUUUUGCCUUCUUCUGGUCUCCCUUAAAUGCCAAACAGGAGAGGUUCAUUAAUUUGUCCUUGAAUACUUCAGUAACCUUGUUAGUCUUCAAUAGAGGGCCAAUUUGUUGAAUUCAAGACAUAGUUGUCCUGUCAAAAGAUUUUCUAUGUGGAGCUGUGGAUCUUUGCAGCUCCUCCAUUGUUGCCACGGGCUCUUGCCCGCUUGUCUCUUUAGGUCCUGGAACAUUUGCCAUUGUGCUAUAUUUUACCAUUCUCAGACGAGAUUUGAAUUGUGCUUUGUUAUAUAACCUAGCUCUGCUUUAAACUUACCCAGAAUGUUCUCCCUGAUCUGUAUGAUAUGUUACUUAGUCUUCAUGAUGCAGUUUGUUCACUGAUUAUCUCUAACAAAUGUCUGAGGCCUUUACAGAGCUGCUGGAUUUUUACUGAGGUUAAAUGCUUUCAAAGGCGAACAUUUGAAAGCAUUUAGCUGCUUUGAAAUUUAUUUUACUAUCAGAGUGAAAGGAGCUACGUGCCACACUUUUGAGAUUUGAUAUUUCACUUGUUAUAAACCAUGUAUCAUUUUACUUCUGCUUCAUAAUUAUGCGCUACUUUGUGUUAAUUCCUCUCAUGAAAUUCCAAUAGAACACAUUUAGGUUUGUGGUUUUUAAGUGGAAAAAAAUUGAAAAUGGCUAUUUUUGGAAGGCAUUGUACUCUCAGCCCCAUCACUAAAUCAGAUACUGAAAUGCCUUAAUAUACCCAUAUACAUACAUUUACCUUUCCUCCUAAAAGACACUUCCAGAAGCUCUCACCAAGGUUCUCCUCCUCCCUGAUGAUGGAAUAUUCAGUAACGAUCACUCAACUUGUCUUUGAGUAUAAGGAAUUAUGCUGGGGAUAAUUACAGCCCUCACAAAUAUUUAUUUAUUUUUAUUUUAUUUUUUUUUAUGAAUCAGAUUCUUCAGAUACAGAUGCUGCAUUUUUGGUUGAGGUUAAAAUGUUUGUGUGGUUGUUUGAAUUUAAAAUGUGUUACAUUUUAUCCAACAAUUGAGGGACUUACCCAUCAGGUUCACAGAGUAUUUUCAGAGGUGACUGAAAAUCUGUAGAACAAUAGCCAUCGCGGUUAAAAGACUUAAAGCACAAACACUGUCAUUAUUUACAUGGUGGUAUUUUGGUUACUUGUUUUCUUUUUGUACCGAAAUUAUUUUCAGUUUGUUUUACCAAUAAAUUUAUUGCACCAUAGGAUUUUGUUUAAAUGUUAAAGUAUAAUGGAAAUGGUUCAGACGUAUAUUUAUUCUCUUCCUUUAUUAAAAUGAUGUAUAAACACUACGUUUUGAAACAUGUAAAACUGGAUAUGUGACAUUUAUUUGAAUGAGACACAGUAUGGCAUAGUUUCUAAUGUCGUCAGAUUUCUUUAGAUGCCAUGACUGCUGUUGAUUUAGGUAUGUUUAAAAAGAACAAUGUUUGCAAUUAAAUUUACCUACUUUUUGAAACAGAGGGUGUGAACCAGUAUAUCAGUAUUAUAGAACAGAAUCAAUGUGUGUAUAUUUGGAGAAAAUAGGUACCUUUUGAUCUGUAGAGCCAGUGUGUAGUCCUAGUUUUCACACACUCGCGUGUUUGACGAUGUGCAGAGAGUAUGGUUGUGCUGCAUGUUCAAAAUUAACCCGUGUUUUUAAAAGGUGGCCAUUUUACAGACCUUCACACUUUCUAAUGAAUGGAAGAAGUUUUUAUUUUGUUCUUCUACAAAAUCUUGUUUCAUAAACCUGGUCUGAAAAUACAUACCUCUACAGAUCACCAGGCUGUUUGUAUAUGAUUUUAUUUUACUUUUUUCAAUCAACUUGCUCUUGAGUUAUAAUGAUAAUGAUUGUUGUGGCACAUUGUGGUGACAGUCUGGAGUUAUGCUGGUUGCUUGUUGGAGCAUUUAAGACCAUGCUAGUAUUCCAUUUGAAAUGUACUGGAUGUUGACUAUUAUUUUUUGAAUAUGGUAUUAACAAGUCCCUUUUACCGAAUCCAUAUAAUUUGCAAUAAAAGUCUUCAUGUUA